UGUACUGAAUUUGUAGCCUCGUUCGUCUAUUUGAAUCUCCAAGUUUCAAUAUUUUGCAUUUGGCUACAAUGUCUUGAUUGGUGCUUUAUUUUCUUUCUGACAUGGUCCCUGGUCUUCUCUCUGAAUGACUACUGCAACGCCGUUGUUCUUCCGGCUGUUUGGGGCAGGGCCUCGCCUAACAGUCAGGAUGGAUACUCCAGACGGUUCCUUUGGCAUGCUGGGUGUGGGAGCAUUGCAGGAGCCAUGUCGCUGCUGUUGUUUUAUCCAUUGGAGGUCUCAAGGACCAAGCUUGCCAAUGAUCUUAAGAUCAAAGGCAAAUGGGAAUUUGAUGGUCACCUGGAUGUUUAUCGUCGUAUAUUGGGACCCAGACCACACGUGGAGGAUCUAUACAGGGGGUAUUUCGUCUCCUCGUAUGGAGCAGGGAUAUACCGUGGCCUGUACUUUGGACUUUAUGGCGCCCUCAAGUCUAUUGUUCUCACUGGCAGUACCAAGGAUGAUUUCCUAGCCAGUUUUGCAUUAGCGUGGGUGACUACCAACGUGUCGGCCUUUGCAACAUACCCAAUUGAUACAAUUAGGAGGAGAAUGAUGAUGAAUGGCUUUAGCUUCUCUGAAGUGUUGCUUGAUGUGGGUGCCACCCCAAGGUUGCUGUACAAGGGAGCUGGUGCGAACAUUCUUCGGUCAGGUGUCGCGGGAGCCUUUAUGUUGGCUGGAUAUGAUCAAGUGCAGGCAUCUCUCACCAAGGGGAAGGUCUGAACUGCAUUCAUACUGAUCUGAUGUAGCAGCAGUUUCGAAUCAGUAUCUAUCUCCAAACCAAAGCCAAAGCCAGUGUUUCUUGCUUAUUAGAUGGUGGCAACUAAGCUAAAUGUUUAUUAUUAUCAUGAUGCAAACCAAAACCAGUGUUUCUUGCUUAUUAGAUGGUGGCAAGCUCCUAAACUAAAUGUUUGUUAUCAUGAUUUUGAAUCCAAACUGCCACGCAUGAAGGCGUUGGAUGUUUAUUAUAGUUAUGUCUGGAGUUUGUUCCAGUAUAUCUUAUCUUUGGUGUU